AUGUCUAUUAAUUGUGUUCAACAAUGUUCAAUUUGUUUCGUUAAUGUUAAUGGAAAUAAUGGAUAUAUACGUCAUAUUCGACAAGUACAUGUAAAUGAUCGUCAAUUUGGUACACCUUGUGCUUUAUGCGAUUCAAAAUUUGUUUUUACUAAUUUAAAAUCAUUUAUUUCUCAUUUUCGUAAACAUAUGUUACAUUCUUUAUUUGACGAAGUACCUACACCAGAUCUAUGUGUUAAUCAUGAUAUUAUUAAUUCUGAUGUUAAUGAUGAUUUUGAAGAACAAUUAACAAUACCUGAAUAUGAACAAUAUGAACACUGUGAUCAAUUAGAAGAAAUAAAAAAAUUCUAUCUUAAAAUGUUAUUAAGAGUUCGUGAAGGUCAUAUACUACCUGGUGCUGUAAUGAAGACAAUCUCUUUAUCUGUUUGUUCAUUACUUGAAACAUUUUCAAUAUUCUUAUUAUCUAAAUUGAAUAUUAAUCUUGAUAAUCCUAUAUUACGUCAUGUUAAUGGUGAUAUUGAGAAAAUUCUAUUUGAAAUUUCAAAAAAUGAAGAAUCAUUUAUUUCUGAUUGUGAACUUUAUUUCAAAUUUAUUAAACCAAAAGAAAUACAAUUACCGACGGGUAAUAAAGCUUAUUACAUUCCAAUAUGUGACGUAUUGAUGUGUUUAUUUCAAAAAAAAGAUUUUUAUGAAUGCAUUAAAAGAGAAAAAAAAUAUAUAUGUCAGUUUGAUGGACAAGAUAUUAUUUAUCAUUAUCGAAAUGGAGAAAUAGGUCGACAACAUCGCAUUUUGAAAAUCAAAGAAAACACUAUAUUAUUACAAUUAUAUUGUGAUGAUAUAGGUGUAAUAAAUCCAUUGAUGGGAAAGAAUGCAGCACAUAAAUUAACAACAUUCUAUUUAUCUAUAGAUGAUUUACCAGCAUGUUAUAAUUCUUCGUUAAAUUUUAUAUAUUUAUUAUUAUUAUUCUAUAGAAAAGAUUUUGAAAAUGAAAAUAAUCGUCAAAUAUUAUUUAAUCUAUUAAAUAAAGAUAUUGAAUGUUUAGAAAAUGAUGGUCUUAUAUUACCUGGUGAUAUAACUCCUACCUAUUUUACAAUUAGUACUCUCUGUGCAGAUAAUCUAGCUGCACAUGAACUUGGUGGAUUCACUUGUUCAUUUAAUUCAGGUCGAUGUUGUCGAUAUUGUCUUAUACAUCAUAAAGACAUGAAAUAUGUUUACAGAGAGGCAGAUGUUUUAAUUCGUACAGCUGCAUCACAUGAUUUUCAUGUGAAACAUAUUGACAAUGUUCCUAAUGAUAAAUCGUUAUAUGGUGUUAAUGAAAAAUCAAUUCUUUCUACACUAUUAUCAUUUAAUCCAAUUACCUCCCUACCUCCAGAUAUCAUGCAUGAUAUAUUUGAGGGUAUCAUGCCAAAAAUCAUAAGUUCUUUAUUACAUACAAUUGUAUCUACUCGUUUAUGUACAUCAGCUCAAAUCUGUUAUAGAAUAAAUAAUUUUAUAUAUGGAAUAAAUGAUAGACGAAAUCGACCACCAACAUUUAAAGAAAAAGAUAUUCAUGAUAAACGAGUUCCUGGUAAAGCUAUGGAAAAAUAUUGUUUAUUUUUAAAUUUACCAUUUAUAUUAAUGGAUAUUGUUGAUCGAAUACCUUAUUGGUUUUUAUAUGAAUUACUACGACAGAUAUGGGAUAUUCUACAUAGUGAUUAUCCAAGAAAAUCUUGGCUUUCAACUCUUGAAGACUUAAUUCAAGAAUUUUUACAAUUAUUUCAAACGAUUUUUCCAGAACAAUUUAUUCCAAAAUGUCAUUUUCUUCUUCAUGCUGCACGUAAUACUGCUAAAUAUGGUCCAUUAAAACGACAAAUGAAUUUACGUUACGAAUCAAAGCACCAUUUAUUAAAAAAGAUUGCAAAUAGGUGUAAUAAUUAUAUUAAUUUGCCGUGUACCAUAUCCAAGCGUGUACAACUACGUCAAUGUUAUGAAUUAAUGGAGGAAAAUAUAUUUAAAUGUAGUGGUAUUAGUGGUAAAUUUCAUUCACGACGAAAAAUAAGUUUUAGAAAAGAAAUACAAAAUGCAUUACGUGAUGAUUAUUUAUUUGAUUAUGAUGAACUGAUAGAAUAUGUUAAAUGGGUGGUAUUAAAUAACAUCAAGUACAAAAUUGGAGAUGUUUUUGUUUUUUAUCUGUUAGGUGGAGAAGAAAUUCCUUUAUUUGGUGAAAUAAAAUAUAUUAUUAAUAAUAAAAAAGCAUGGAGGUUUAUUGUACAUUGUUAUGAAACAAUAUCAUUUAGAGAAAAUUUACAUUGUUAUGAAAUCAGUCCAUCGAAUGCAUAUGUAGUAUUAGGAGAGAAUGAAUUUUUGACAUAUAAGGCAGAAGACUGUUAUUUUUUGAACAAUUCUUAUUUUGUUCGUGUGCCUUAUCGUUUAACACAUGUUGAAUAA